GACGGCUCUGCAUCAGAGGCAAAGAGGGAGCUAGACAGCAGUGAGGCAAAGGAACAGCUGGAGCCUGUUCCCAGUGUGCGCUUGCGCAGAGCUGCCAGAAGAUAAGAGCAACUCAGAAAGCAGGGUCGACUCAGGAGUAAAGCCACACACCUUGGAGGAACCUUCCAGACCAUGGGGAGCGGAGUCUAAAGAACAGCCUAAUUUCUUAAAAGGAGGGGACCCAGGGCUUGGUGCCCCUCUUUCCUCCCCAUCCAGGAUGUUCUGACCCUACUCUGCCUGUUUUUCUCAUGAAGCCAAAACCGCUUUCCGAAAACCGCAAUGCACCAGCGUACCAACUUCCAUCCGGUCCUUUUCGCCUGCAUAAAAAGCUUUUGACUUCCAGAGUGACACGACUACUAUGCUUUAAUUAUUUUUAAAUCCACUUUUUCUUGCGUAAGGAAUUCUGGUUACAUUGGUGUGCUUUUUCUGCGGACGCUCGCUCCUUGGGGCAGGUUGAACCUCCCCCUCUCAAACGUAUUGACUUGCCUUCCUUGGAUCUUGCAUCAACCGCCAUCAUGUCGGCCAGUCCUGGGCCAUUCUUGGUGUGGGUCCAAGAAGUCGCCUCCUUGCUGAUGUUGCGAGUGCGUCGCACGGUCCUGCAGACGGCCAUUUUGUUCUGCGUGUUAUUGCUGCUCCUCUGGGUCUCAAUUUUCCUGUACGGCAGCUUCUAUUACUCCUACAUGCCGACGGUCAGCUACGUCAGCCCCGUGCACUACCAAUUCAGGACAGACUGUGGCCGGUCCGGACCUGAACUCUGCUCCUUUCCUGUUGCCAACAUUUCGUUCAUCAAGGACAGCCGAGAUCAGGUUCUCAUGUACGGCCAACCUUACCGAAUGUCCCUGGAGUUGGAAUUACCCGAAUCGCCGGUCAACCAGAACCUGGGCAUGUUCAUGGUGGUGAUUUCUUGCUAUACCAAAGGCGGCCGCAUCAUUUCUUCCUCCGCUCGGGCUGCCAUGUUGCACUAUCGGUCGGGAUUAUUACAGAUGCUCGACACCUUCGCAUUCGCCGGCCUCUUCCUCGCUGGGUUUACAGAACAGAAACAAACGGUGGACGUUGAGCUCUAUUCCGAUUACAAAGAAGAUUCGUAUAUUCCCACCAUUGGGGCAGUGAUUGAAAUCCAAACGACUAGAAUCCAGAUUUAUGGGGCUCACCUGAGAAUUCAUGCGCAUUUCACCGGUUUGCGGUAUCUCCUGUACAAUUUCCCUGUGACUUCGGCCAUUUUGGGAGUAGCCAGCAAUUUCAUGUUCCUCAGCGUCAUCGUCCUUUUCAGCUACCUGCAGUGGAUCUGGGGCAGUUUGUGGCCUAAAGAAACGCUCUCUGUGCAGAUCCCGGGGCGGGACAAAUCCGGACCAGUGCAAACCUUGGAUGAUUCACGUCGACAAGUUGUGUUUCCUAAAGAAGGAGGCGACGUAGAAGAAGACACUUCUCUCCUGCAGCCAGAAGACGUCGGAGUUGCCGAAGGAGAAAAAUUGUCCAAAGCUGAGUCUACGACGGAGGUGAAGAAAAGCAGUCUCGAAAAAUCCGAUUUUGGAACGGAAUCCAGCCUGGCCGGCAGCUCAAACGAAGAUGCCGAAUAUGACGCUUCGGAUGAGAAACCCCUACUUACCGAGGUCAACCUUCCUGCCCCUUCCUCGGAGGGGAACGGCUCGGAUCUGCUGCCCCCCUUAUCCCGGACGCUGACACUCGGCUCGGAAGUCCGCCAGAGAAGUAGCUGCUCCAGUUCCUGAUCGGGCAUGGGUUCGAGUCCUGCCAGGAGGCUCCACGUUACGCUCCCGGUAGCCCACCCACAGGCCUUGCUCUCCCAAGGGCUCGUAUUUUUACUCCUUGCUUAUGUUUACAUUCCAAUCCCUUCUCCUCACACAGGAAACACUGUAAGUUAAAUAAAAGUUGAACGGCGAGUCGCUCACCAGCGUUGUCGCGUGAUCGAAAACCUCCCUUUCUCCGAAGAAUGGGAAUUAAGAGUGAGCUUGCGUUUGAGGUGUUCAGGAGUCCUCCACUUAACGACAGUAAUCCUUGAGUUAUGUCGGACCUACCUGGAAGCUACCCGUGAUCCAGAUUUGAAGUUCUCAUGGUGUCCCCCCCCCCUCCAGUCACAGGACUGAACUUCCAAUCUUCGACAACUGGACCGUAUGCGCAGCCAUAUUUAAUACUCCUUCCUCCUCCUAUUUUCUUCACACAACAACCUUGUGAGGUGGGUUGGGCUGAGAGAGGAGGCCUGGCUUAAAAACACCCAGUCGGCUCUUGUGCCUAAGGCGGGACUAGAACUCACCGGCUCCUGGUGAUUGUCCUAAAGUCGCUCAGCUGGUUUUGCGUCUAGGUCAAAACUAGAACUCCCUGUCUCCUGGUGAUUGGCCCAAAGUCACCCAGUGGGCUUCCAUGCCUAAGACCGAAGUAGAACUCACCUCUCCUAGUGAUUGGUCCAAAGUCACCCAGUGGGCUUCCAUGCCUAAGGCCGAACUAGAACUCGCCUUUCCUAGUGAUUGGUCCAAAGUCACCCAGUGGGCUUCCAUGCCUAAGGCCGAACUAGAACUCGCCUCUCCUAGUGAUUGGUCCAAAGUCACCCAGCCAGCUUUCAUGCCUAAGCAGGAUUAGAACUCACCGUCUCUUGAUGAUCAGCCCGAAGUUGCUCAGCCUAUUUUUAUACCUUAAGUCAAAACUAGAACUCCCUGUCUCCUGGUGAUUGGCCCAAAGUCACCCAUCGGGCUUUCAUAUCUUAAGACAGGACUAGAACUCACCAUCUCCUGGUUCUUUGCUCGAGGCUUAACCACUAGGCCAAACUGCCUUCAAAUCUCACUUGCUAAGACCUCAUGACCAAAAUGUGCAACUAUCCAGGAUUUGGGUUUGGGGGCCGUACACACGCUGCCCUAAAUUGUGGCUUUGUAUUGUGUGAAUUUAAUCCCAGGCAAGCUGCAAGGAAUGUUUGCAUCUCUGGCAAUUUUUCCCCUCCUUUUUACGGGAGUUUAUUUUACACAACCUUGGAGCCCCAAAGGAAGGAAACGACAACAAUAUAUUUACUUUUUCAGGGAGCAAAUGCAAGCUGGUAUUUUCAGCCAAGUAAAUUCUGAUGCCCCCCCAAACACACGUUUUCCCCCCUCCUCAUCUCUGGAAUGCGAUUGAUUGCUUCUCUGACUAAUUUGCAAACAAAAAGGCCACAAAACUUUGUGUUUGCAGAAAGCAAACAGAAACUGCCCCACACCGCUUCUCCACAGAAAGAAAGAAAAAAAACCCUUCGUAAGAAACCUCAGCUGCCUUGCUUGGGCCCUCCUGAAAUGCCGGCGAUUUUAAAACGUUCCGAUGGAAAAAGUUCCUAGUCCUCAAUGCCAAGAGGUCAACUUGGGAGAGAGAAAGGGAUGUUUU